AUGUCUGAAAAAAGCACUUCAGACGAUGCCUUCAAGGAUAUCUCGCGAGACAUAGGGAUCGCUUGCAAUUCUUCCUUCUCGGACAACUUCUCGUCUGGUACGGGCUCAGUUGUUGAACUCAAGAAGCGCUUCAACUUAUGGAGUUGCCUUGCCAUGGAAUUCGCCUCUAUGGCGACUUGGGCUUGUCUUUAUGUGACUAUUGGUACUUCAAUUGAUUGUGGCGGUCCAGUUGGCCUCAUAUAUGGAACAAUACUCGUCACUAUCAUGAACACAUGCAUGGCAAUGUCACUGGGCGAGUUCGCCUCGAUCAUGCCCAAAGCCGGCGCUCAACAACUCUGGACCUUAGUCGCAGGCGGGAGGUACGGUCCUGUUAUUUCAUACUACGCCGGGUAUCUCAACCUUCUUGGAGAAAUCGCCAUGUCUGCAUCCUGCGCCUUUAACUCGGCCCAACUUACCGGCGCGGCUAUCGAAUUCACCCUUGGAAUAACCUGGACCCGUUGGAUGACUGUUCUGCUAUACUGGGCCUAUCUUGGUGUCUCCCUCAUUGUCAACUUCUAUCCUCGUUACCUCAGCUCCUUUAAUAUCCUCGGAUUCAUCUGGCUGCUUGUCACCAUGGUGGUUACUAUGAUCUUGUUCUUGGUCUUGGGCGAGAAAAAGCAAUCUGCGGAAUGGGUGUUCGGACAAUUCAUCAAUAAUACCAACUGGCCUGAUGGAUUUGGAUACUUGCUCGGAUUGUUGCCAAUUGUUUAUUCUAUGUCCGGCUUCGACAAUGCGGCUCACUUGGCUGAGGAACUCGAAGACCCCGAAAUCAAUGCUCCUAAGGCUAUGGUUGGCUCUGUUGCCAUUGGAGGUGUCAGCGGCUUAAUCUUCAGCAUCAUCAUGCUUUUCUGCAUUCAAGACGUCGAAGCUGCCCUAAACUCUUCUCAACCAUAUGUCAAGAUGUUCAUCGACCUGUUCAAGUCUCCAAUGGCUGGAUGCUUAUUCGUCUGUAUCAUCGGCGUUCCAAUAAACAUGUUCGCAGCGGCAUCGAUUACUGCAAGCUCAUCUCGUUUGGCAUGGGCAAUGGCAUGUGAUGGUGCACUCCCUGGGAAGAAGUACUUCCGUAGAUUAUCAAAGGAGAAGGCUGUUCCAGUUAGGACCAUCAUGCUCUCUGCAAUCUGCCAGGCUUCUUUGGGGAUCAUUGCGUUCGGAAAUGAGAUGGCUUUUGAAGCCAUCUUGUCCGUCGCAGUUAUUGCGCUUAACCUCUCGUAUGCCCUGCCAGUCUACUGCCUUUGGGUCAAAGGAAGAGGUAUUCUUGAUACUAUGGAACUUAGAGGUUCGCAACCUGGGUUGGGUAUGGAUAGACGAUGGAACUUGGGGAAAUGGGGUUGGGCAAUCAAUAUUGCGGCGGGUAUCUGGCCAGCUCUCUUGAGCGUCCUGUUUUUAUUCCCCGUUUACCUACCAGAAGUUGGACUUGUAUCUGCUGAAGAAGCGAACUGGAGUGUCGCAGUCCUCGGAAUCACUAUGAUCAUUGCCACAGCCUAUUGGUUCACCUACGGGAAGAAGCAAUACCGUGGACCGGUUACAUCGCACUGA